AUGAUUUCAUUUAGACGAUCAAAAUACACACGAAUAAGUCCAGAACCACAACCAAUUACAACUACGAAUCAAGUAUUACCUAUUGAUCUUUCUUAUACUACAACAUCAUUUACUAUGAAUGAUACCAAGUUUAAUCAAGUACCUUCUACAGCUGUAACAUUUUUGUCAUCGAAUGUUGUUGAUUCGCAUUUGUUACCUGAUCGAGUAAAAAUGACUAAUAAUCAUUUUCAAGCAUCUAAUUUUCCUGAACAUCAAAUCAGUUCUUUGUCAGAUAGUUUAAACAAUAUAAAUGAAGAUAAUGAUAUAAAUUCAUCAAAUAAUUCACCUCCAUCAAAUUCAUUACUUAAAAAUAACUUAUCAACGUCAGAUCUUGAUCCAUAUGAACGUAAAAAACAAACUACUUUAUCUAAAGCUGAAGCUAAAUUAGACAAAGCUCAACAUCUUCAUCGAUUAGCACAACAUAGUAUUGAACAAAGUAUUUCAGAAUUUCUUCGUGCUACAACUAUGCCUAGUCUUAUUAAUGAAUCAAAUUCAUCAAAAACAACAAUUGCAACAUUUGAAAAACGUAUACGUACAUUACAAGAAGCAAAAAAACAAUUAGAAAAAAAAAUUGCUAAAUAUCAAUCUGAUAUAACACGUAUACAAGCUGGAGAUAUACCACAACAUUAUAGAUCAUCAAAAGAUAUUUUCCAUAAUAUUAAAAAUAAAGUUUCAAAUGGAACCUAUAAAAAUCGUUCAGCAAAUAUUGUAUCAACACCGGUUGCAAAUGAACAAGUUAUAUCUUCAAAUUAUCAAGAAUUCGAUAAUCAUCAUAAUCAAUUAAAUCUUCCAUCAACAUUAACUAAUCAUAAUAUAGAAAUUAUGAAUAAUAAUCAAGGUUUUUUAUCAUUUUCACACAAUAGUAGUGCAUUUGAAACUAAACGAUCAUCUCCAUCAAGUUCAUUAUCGAAUGAAAUAGGAACUUCACAAUUUAAUGUUAAUUCAAACUCUGACAUAUCUGCCAUUCAUGACAUUGAUCGAUCACCUUCAACAAAACGACGUUUAACUGAUGAUUCAAAUAUUGAAUUCUAUGAUCAAAUAUCAGAUCAUUCAAAUGAUGAUCGAUUUGCUAGUUGUACAACAUCAAAACGAAAUACUAUAGCAAUAACUGAGCAUCAUCAAUUAACAGCAAAAAUUGAAUCUAUGCAGAAAACAAUCGAUCGUUAUGAUACAAAAAUGAUUGAAAUGCAAAAACAAAUGGAUUUAUUAUUAUCAAUAAAUAAUUCUCAAAAUGAACGAAAUGAACGUUUAAAUAAUGAAUUAACUGAUUUAACUGAUUUACAUCAAAAUGAAAUGUCAACAAUAAAAACUGAUUUAAGAAAAAUGGAAGAAAAACUUUUAUAUAAAUUAAAUGAAUGUUGGACAGAAAUUAUUGAAGGAUUAGAUAAAAUUGAUACAAGGACUACAAAAGUUGAACAAACUCUAGCACAUGCAUUUGACACAGAAGAAAAUACGCAUCGACUUAUAAGUAAACUAGUGAAUAUUCUAUUAAUUGUAUUUGCUAUUAUACUUCAUCUACUAUCGACAGUUAAAAAUCUCCUUCAAUCACGUGUUCAUGCCAUAAUUCUUCUAAUUCUUGUAUUUAUAUGGAUAAUUAUUCAUUAUUUACCUGAGAAUUACUGUCAAAUAUCAUUUUUUAAAAGUAAUAAUUAG